AAAGCUCCUCCCAAUAAUGGAGGAUUCUACUUUUAUAAACAAACUACUAUAAGAGAAAUAACAACUGAAACUACUCGCCCAUUAAGAGUCGCUUCAAAAUGUCUGCCAGAUAUUCUUAUGCCUACAAGAAAGGAAAGAGCUAUCAUCCUCUUUCUCAAAGAGAAUCGGAUGAAGAGAAACCGAGACAAGAUAUGGACAUUUGCAGCAACAAGAGAAUGCCUACAGGAAAAGAAGAGAUGGAGGACCAUGAACUAGUCUUUAUUGUCACAGACAAUGACAUUGAAAGCAAAGGAUACGGGAAAAGAAGCAGAUCCAUUUCUUUAAAGACUCUUCUUCUCAUUAUUGCUCUUGCCAUCAUAUUCUGCAUUAUUGUCACUUGCAUUGUUCUAUCACUUCUGGACUCUUUCACUCCACAACCUUCCCUCAUGCAAACCAGCUCUUCAACUCAAAAUACUCAACAGCACAUCACUUCUUCUCUAUCGUCACUAGCUCUCCCACUAGCCAUUGUCUCUCAAUCAGCCAGUCGUCCGUUAACCAUCGUUCAUAGCGUACAACCAAGUCCCACUUUGUUGCCAUUUCGUGAUUGGACCUACGAGGUAAGUGGAAUCACUGAACUCAGCGUUCAUGUCAGUGAUAUUGAUUCUGACGGAUCACCUGAUGUGAUCUUUGAUGCCAUUACUGAUUCGUACAAUUUCUAUCAAACAUGUCCUAACUCGAGUCCUGAAGAUGAUAUGUGCUUCAUCAAACAAGGCCACACCCCCUGUCAGGUUCAGCUCCUUGGUCUUGGCGGCUAUAGCGGGACUCUGGUUUGGAAUCAUUGGUCAAGUUUUGCUCCAUUUGCCGCCAACUGCCGGGAAGAUUUGAACAAAGAUGGACAUAAUGACUGCUUGUUUUCUGGAAGGAUUGGCACGUUUGUUGCCAUAGAUGUACACAGGAACAUCCUACUGUGGAGUGUGGAUAUUAACGUUACAUGUCCAUCAUUCAACUAUUAUUAUCCACUUUAUGUCCCUGAUCUUGACAGAGAUGGUAUCAUGGAUAUCAUUGUCGUUCAUGGUGGGGACUCUAACUAUUCGCCGCUAGCCACAGUCCGAAGUCCAGGAGUGAUUGUAGUUAUAUCUGGAGGAACCGGUCGGCAGAUAUCUGAUCGUAUACAUACCCCAGAUCAAAAAGAGUCUUACUCAUCACCUGUCUUAUACAGCGUACCUCCCUCCUCCUCCUCCUCCUCUUCCUCUGUUGAUCUGAUAUUAUUUGGUACUGGAGGUGAAACCAUCACUGGUUCGCUGUGGGCGAUCAGUUUGAACAGUCUCUCAGCUCACGUCUCUUCAUUCAUGCAGAGGAAGGAAUAUCGUAUGAGAGAUUUCAUCAUCAACAAAGACUAUUUUCAUCCUUCGUGUUACAAUAGCUCACAGCUGCUGUCUUCAAGACCAAGGAUUAGGGAAGGACUUUAUGACAAUGAUAAGAAAGAAGUGUGGCUUGAAUCCUGCCCCAAAUGGUCCGCUAGCAUCAAACCAGUUUGGAACGUGUAUAAGUUGUGUGUGUACGAACUAUAUCGAUCAGUUGAAGUGGGUGGAGUCAUGCUACCUCCGGUUAUUGCUGAUAUCAAUAACGAUGAUAAAAAUGACUUGAUAGUGUCAGCUUUUAAUGGACACACUCUUCUCUUUGAUGGACAUACUCUGUCUUUUAAAUGGGACCACUAUGUUCCUGGAACACAGUCAUACAGUAUUCCUGCUCCAAUAUAUUUUAACGACGAUGAUGUCCUUGAUAUAAUCCUCAGAAUUAAUAAAGGGAGCUGGUCCAAAUAUGAUUACUCGCUAUUGGCAGUGCUGGAUGGUAGAGGAGGAGAGGGAGGGAGGAGGGUUGGAGGAGAAAGGGGCAUGAGUGAAGGGAGCAGUAACUAUUUGUGGAUGCUUAACUGUUCUCAAUCUUUAAUGUCGUCUCCUGUUGUUUGGAGACACAGAGAUAAAGGACAUGAUGGUUUCUUGUUUGCAGCUGUUGAUUGUUCAACGGGACACAAAGAAAGAGCAAAGAAGGACACACUGAAUGUUUGUCCAGCUGUGAGACAACAAAUGGACUCUUGGAAGAUAAACGAAAGAACAAAGAGACAUGAAGAUGAAGAAGAUGAGGAAAUGGAGAAUGAAGAAGGAAAUAACGAUGGAGUCUCUCCUCCUGACGCUGUUCCUGAACCUUUUGAGUUCUUUGGUAUGACCCUUAACCUUUCUAGCUACAUCCCGACUGAUUUGUGGGAGGUGCAUAAUGCUUCAGACUCAUACCCAGAUCCUGAGUCCGAUACUGAGUCUUUCAUAUCCUCGUACUGCGGUAUGGAUUAUCAGAGUAUGAGAACUGGCGUGUAUUUCUUGACGUCUAAACUGAUCAAAGAGGAAAAGGAGAUCAAGCCACUGUUGAUGUUCAAGCCUUAUGUGUACAGAACUCAGUCACCCAAUGCUAAAACAAAGCGUCACAGUUUUAAACCUCCUUCGGUAUCAGAUAUUAUAGAAGAUACUAAAAACCGACUGAGUAACAGGAAGGUAGUCCGUUGUUCUCACGUGUUAGCGCCCCAUUAUUCGCCGAGCACACUUGCUAUAACUGAUGUUAAUGGGGACAGCAGUCCCGAGGGUAUUGUAUCAAUGCAGUAUUCAGCUGUUUCUGGAGCACUUGAUAUCCCUCAGCUAUCUGGCCCACUUCACUCGCCAAAGAUUACAGUACAAGCGUUUAACAUUGAGGAUAAAGUGAUGGAGGUUUACGGAGCUGGAGCUGCAGCUGGGAUUAACUUUAAACGAUACUAUGCAAGUGAGGAUCAGCCGUGGGGACAGUACAUGGGUAGUCAUGGAAACAGUCUCUACAAUAAUCCUCAGAACAAAUAAUGAAUCCUCUUUAUUAUUCAUUUUUCUUUUGUAUUAAAAUUAAUUUUAAUUUUAAA